GAUGACCACCGUAUCGACCUCCCGCCCGCGACUCUCAGCCCGCCGUGGUUCGGUCACCGCCCCCGACCCGUUCGGCGUCCACGCGGACGUGAAUCUCAAUCCAAACCGCUCCUCGUCGAGCAAGCUCACCAUCGUCCGUGUUCCCGUCACGCCAGUGACGACCCCGCCCGUGAACCUCCACGAACCACCCUCGUCGCCCGUCCUCAGCCAGCGCAGGCUCCAUCGGCGCAUCGGCGGACAGCCCCCGACAUCGGGUCCAUCAACAUCGCCCGAGCAGCCCGGCGGGCGAGUGAGCUUUGCGUUCUCGUCGUUCGGCGGCCAGCGUUCGUCGUCGCCAGGCGGGACGAGCAGGGACCACCCGCCGAGCCCGUCGUCUUCCCCGCGCCUGCGACCAUCUUCUCCACACCUCUCAGCAUCGACGUUCGGCGGGAAGCCCCGGCUGACCCCUGAUCAGCUCGUCGAUCUUGCACGACAGGCAACCAACCCCCGCCCAUCUCUCCACGGCUCAACGCCGAUAGCCAGCCCCUCAUCACCAGGCAUAUCCGGCCACUCACCGGUUCUUCGUGCUCAAGCACUCCCUUCAGUCGCUCCUGCCACCUUCACACCGCUACCCGACGAUAUUUAUCUCCCUUUCAUCGAUCGCCCAUCAGAGGUGUCAACUCUCAUAUCAUCGCCACCAGAUGCAAAACUCUUUACUCUCCUCGCCCAAACUUUCCGCAAUAAAGCUCCCAGCGACGAAUCUUCCUCUGCAGUUGUUACAGCCUCAGACCAACCCGUCGAACUCCCACGCGAUCCUCUGCAAUGGUCGUAUCAGCAGCUCAUCUACCAUCUCAGUCGCGUGGACAGAGACGUCGCUCCCGACUUCAUUUGGGCGAUCGCAGCGCGAAAAUGCAUUCUCUCCCAUUCAGAACUCAUAUGGGAGCGCAUCAAAGGUGCCCUUGGUAUUCCGCCGGAGCUCGAUGUCGAUUAUGACUUCCUCAAUGAUGACGAGAGCAGCCCAGACACCAGCGACAUUUCUGACGACGAGGGGAAGGGUGCUCGAGGGCACUGGUCGGAUUGGGAUGCGACUAUGGAUUCGCCGGUUUACGCCCGCAAACGGCUGAGCAUGGAGUCCCCGGUGCCAAGUCUCUAUUCUGCAAAACGUGAUGAUCACGAAGCCCAUUUCAGCUCACAGAUCGAGGAGAAACUUCAAGAUAUCAAGUCUGGCCUUGGAUCCUCAUCUACGGAUAAUAAGGCCACCGUGACGGCGUCUGGUGAAUCAACGACAGUCCCAACACCGUAUGGACGAGGAGCACGGAGUCCUCCCGACCAAAACCAUGGGAUGGUCAUUGGGACUUUCAGCCCUCCUAACACCAGUCACCUGGAAGUGUAUCCGGCAGACCCAACACCUACGGAACAUAUUUCGAUCGAACCCAUCCUCGCCCCAUCCACCUCGAAUUCGUUCAGCUCGCUCUCAAGCAACCCGCCACCACUUUCUCUUCCUGGCUCGCUUGGUGCAGGCGACGGUCUCGGAGAUAUCGCGGAGGGUGCAGAGGAGGAAGAGAACGAAGGCGAGUCGACAACCGACGCGCCGGCUUCGACGACAGAGACUACAGGUGAAGGGGCCUCCAGCGCGCCGGAGGACGACACAAACUACAUAUCACCAUCGCAGAUCCAGGGCCUGCGGAUAUCCACCUCGCCAAUGCCCGCCGCCAGCUCGUUUGGCACGCCACCCCUCUUGUCCCCCAUAUCGCCUCUACCUCCCUACCCACAUGUCCCUUCCGGAGGUGGCGAGAGCCCCUCGCACACCCAGACCUACGCACAACCGCAGGCCAUCCCUUCGUCUGGGUCGUACGGCUCCUCGCGCCCCCACUCACGGGCAUCCUCUUUCUCCUCCAUUGGCCCGUUCCAGCGGUCCGAGUCAACUGGGAACUUGUCCGCGUCGUGGAGUGCGGCGGCAGCGAUUGCUGCUGCUGCUGCGAUGCAGGAAAGCAAGAGCUCGUACUACGCCGGCAGCGAUGCGGGCGAUAGCAGUGGGUACAUCAGCGAUGGCGAUAGGUUGCCAGGAAACCCGCUGUUCCCCAGUAAUUUUGCGCGACUAGGGAGAGGUCCGUCGUUGAGAGCGAGUAACCCUACGACGAGACCGCCGCAUCACGUCCCCCAUGCACGGUACAUCAGUAAUGUGGGCGUGACGUCGCCGCCUGGGACCGCUACGAGUGGCCAGCCGCUGGUGAGCAGGCCGAGGAAGGCAAGGGCACACUCGCAUGGUAGCUCGAGCGGGCUACGACCAGCGGGUGUUCAGCGGCAGAGUUGGGGCUCGGGUGCUGCUGCGGGUGGGGGGGAAGGUCAGACGGAGGUUGCAAAGUG